GUCGAGUCUAGCUAGCAGGAAAAGUGCUAAAGUUUCAGUUCGAUUUCGGCCGGUACUGAGGUCGGUACUACCACAUCCGAUGCGUCCGGUAAUCGCGUCGUCAGCGACGGUGCUACAAGGGGGGCCGAUAGCCCAUCGAGAAGUACCGCAAACGUGUAAAUAGAUAAACAUGACAGUGACGUACGGGGGUCGGGUACCCAACGGCAGUACCUUCGGGUGUUUUUGGAAAGUGCUCGGCAUAUGGCGCGGGAGUGUAUACAAACUAGUAUGGAGGGAACUUUUAGCCUAUUUAUUCUUCUACUACCUGAUAAAUUUCAUCUACAGAUUCGGAUUGACGGAUCCUCAACAAAGGAUUUUCGAGAUGAUCCGGAGGUACUUCAGCCAAAUGAGCGAAACAGUACCGAUGUCCUUCGUAUUAGGUUUCUAUGUGACUUUAGUGGUAAAUAGGUGGUGGGACCAGUACAAGUUACUCCCUUGGCCUGACACUCUUGCCCUUUUCCUCAACGCCGGCAUUCCGGGCGCGAAUGAAAGACAAAGACUGAUGAGAAGAAAUAUAGUAAGAUACGCCGUUUUGGCAUACGUUAUAACAUUACAAAGGAUUUCCCUGAGGGUGAAGAAACGGUUCCCGACUUGGCAACAUGUCGUAGAUUCAGGUUUGAUGAUGGAAAGCGAAAAGAAGAUCUUCGAAUUGAUGGACCAAAGGACGCCGAUGUCCAAAUACUGGAUGCCCUUGGUGUGGGCGACGAACAUCAUCAACAGAGCUCGCAAGGAAUCGAUCAUCACCAGCGAUCACAUCGUGCAAACUCUUUUGCAGGAAUUAUCGGACAUCAGGAGGCGAUUGGGCGCCUUGAUCGGCUACGAUACCGUCAACGUGCCAUUGGUUUAUUCGCAGGUGGUCUCGUUAGCCUUGUAUGUUUACUUCAUAUCUGCUUUAUUCGGAAGGCAAUUCGUUAAAGAUGUGGACAAAUUGAACAGCAAAUACGAUAACAUAGACGUGUAUUUCCCGUUUUUUACGACCGUACAGUUCUGCUUCUACGUGGGAUGGCUAAAAGUCGCCGAGGUCCUCAUCAACCCCUUCGGCGAAGACGACGACGACAUCGAACUCAACUGGCUCAUCGACAGACACAUCAAGGCCUCCUACAUGAUAGUGGACGAGAUGCACGAGGAGCACCCGGAGCUGUUGAAGGACCAAUAUUGGGAGGACAUCGUGCCGCGCGAGCUGCCCUACACGGUGGCCUCGGAGCACUAUCGAAGAGAGGAACCCAAAGGUUCCGCCGAAACCUACAAGAUCAAAGCGCAGGACGCCGUCUACGCGAACCUCAUCACCCCCAAGAAGUCGCUUUUGCCGGAAGAUUACGCCGAUUACGAGAGCGUUGAUACUCCCAUAGCGGAGAGGAGGAAGAACUCCAACUGGUUCACCAGGCAGAUUUCGCGCACUGGAAUGGGUUCUAUUAGAUCAUCGUCCACAGCUUAUUCAUCUGGUGGUAUAUUCGGAAGACAUCGUGGCUUCUCCAUCGAUGCUAACGUAGAAAACGGGCAACUACCGGGUUUACCUACGCAGAAGAUGUCCAUCUACGAUCGACUGGUGGGCAGGAAAUCCGGAAGAACCAGAAACUACAAACCGAAAACCGCCGCGGUGCAAGUGAAGAACCGUCCGAGAAUCCCCACGCCGGACAUCACCAAAGAAGUGGUGGACAGAGAGCAAAAACUCCAACAGAACAUCACCAACAACCUCCACCACAACCAACUCUCCAACGCUCUGACUCUAACCUCACACCAACUCCCCGCCAGGUACAUGUCCUACCCGAACGUAGACGGACCAGUGGUACAGGUGGUACUAUCGCCGAUACAAGAACUGGACGGGCAAGGAUCGGUCAACAGCACUCUACAUCCCAACCAACCGGGCACCGCCGCCUUGGCGCAGGCGGUACUCUCCCCUGGUCUCGGUCCGGUACUAACCACGCCCGUUAGCGUACCGAUGACCGUCUCCCAGUUGACCUCGCUCGGCCUCGCCUCCAACACCAACAGCCCCCUGCUCGCCAGGACCUUCGAACGGACCUCCUUCAAGAGCCCCGAAUUCAUACAGGCUUUCGAGCUGCCGGCGCAGCCGCUGACGCUGACGGAGGUGCAUUCGGAGGAGGAGGGGAGGAGCGAGAACGAUUCGCCGGCGUCGGGGGCGUCGCGGGCGUCCGUGGCGACGGCGUCGGUGGCGUCGGAGGGGGAGGAGGCGUCCCAGGGGCACGGGAAGUCGGGUAGUUGUUUGUCGAGCGCUUCGGCGCCGAAUUCGCUGGUUUCCUUGGGGGCUAGCAAAGAGGGUAAGGUGAGGAGGAUCUCGACGGUGUCGCAGGAGGCCAAGAAACGGGAGGUGUACGUUUGAUGGGGUUGGGGGCGGCCAUGUUGGAUGUGAUAAUGUGAUAGAAACGGUAGAUUUGUUGUUUUUUUAUCAUCUAAGUGCUUGUAGGUUAGUAGUGGAGAUGUUGUAUCGAUUAAUCGAUUGUGUGUCGAGUGUUUUCGUAUGGUCUUUCCGAAAAAUCGAAAUGUGUUUGUGCUUUUGGUUGUCCUCUGGUUUAAUGGGGACGAUUAUUUUAGAGGGAAAUGAUGUUGGAAAGACUAUACUUUGAACAAAUUAUGAUUUAUGUUUGUAAUUGCAAGUUGUCCGGAUGGCGAAGUGUCGGGGAAAAUUUGCGAUGCGAUUUUAAUAUGUAAAUAGCAACAAAAAGGGAAUAAAUUUAUGGUUAUUAUUAA